GUUGGUAGCGACUAGUCAGAUCGCAACAAGUGACGUGUUCCAAUAUAUCGUUGUUUUAUAGUACGAGUUAGUUCGACGUACAACGAUUAGUCAUUAGGUAGUCACGCGUUUAUCCGGACAUUUCCGUUCCAAUCAAGAGAUAAUAUACACAAUUGGUGUUUGCUCGAAGUAUUCUGAAGUGUUCUCGCUUAUUUUGCGCACAAAGAACGGAAAGCAUGUCUUUCACGUCGCCUAUGCCUAGCCAGCAAUUUCUCUGGGAUGUAUUCCAAAGAGUCGACAAGGACAGAUCUGGUGCAAUCUCUGCAGAUGAAUUGCAACAGGCUCUCUCAAAUGGCACAUGGACUCCUUUUAACCCAGAAACUGUUCGUCUGAUGAUCGGUAUGUUUGACAAAACCGAUCCUGCUUCUCCAGGUAUGUUUGAUAAAAAACAAGCAGGUACUGUCAGUUUUGAGGAAUUUGGAGCGUUAUGGAAGUAUGUUACUGAUUGGGAGAAUUGUUUUCGAUCCUUCGAUCGUGAUAACAGCGGCAAUAUCGAUCGUGAAGAAUUAAAGAUCGCUCUGACGAACUUUGGCUACCGGCUCAGUGAUCAAACAAUCAAUAUGCUCAUACGGAAGUAUGAUCGUGCAGGACAUGGUACAAUAUACUUUGACGACUUCAUACAGUGCUGUAUAGUCUUAUACACUUUAACUUCUGCCUUCAGACGACUAGAUACAGAUAUGGAUGGCGUUAUAACAAUCCACUACGAACAAUUCUUGGGCAUGGUGUUCAACCUUAAAGUAUAAGUCAUGCACGGUAUGCUUUUGCAAAUUUCUCUAUCGGUUGCUGUGGCAUCACGUUGUUUAAAGCCUACAGGCACAUAGAAGUGCCAAAAUAAGAAUUACGCUACUGUAUGUGUGAGAAAACUCUCAGAAUCUCCAAAAUUAAUAUUUAUUUGUACAUCUGUGUCUUUGUACAAGAGAUUCGAUCCGAUUACCGAGCAUUUUCAACAUUAUUUCUCACUGAAAUAUAUAUGUACACUAGAUUUACUUUAAUUCGGUGUAUUAGGAAUGGUGUGUUAGAAAUAACUUAGUGGCACUGAUAUCUUGUAAGAUUAAAAAUUAAUGAAACAUUCCUCCUGUAUAUUUUUAAUAUGCAGUCGUGCUUUAUUUCUCAAAAUAACAAAGAUUAUUGAAUGUCCAACAAAAUAGUAAUUUUUGGAAUUCUGAAACCAUGUGAUAAAUGUUAAACAAAUGAUUGUAUGUGUCAAUAGAAAUCAACUACCAAAGACCAUUUGAGAAAUAAUCACAUAAUUUAUUAGCACAUAUCAAUUAUGAUAAAAAGAUCACUUGGUAUUCAGUGUGAAACUAUGGACUGUUUGAUGGAUAUUUUCAAAUGCAGUUUUAGAGCAAAACUUCCAAUGUUGUUGCAUACAGACAGACGCUACCUGAUGAGAGAAUUUAUCGCGCAAAUGUAAAAUGUGCGUUUAAAUAAUUUUAAGCAAUGUAUAAGCUAAGAUUGCGUUCUAUUCUUAUUAUACAACUUUCUUAUUAUACAACUACUAUAAUUGUUACACAUAUUUACAAAUAUUAAUAUUUAACGAUACAACACAUGUGACAUUCAAAUAGUUCUGUAUUUUUCUCUCAUUAUAUUACUAAUUAUAAACGACCAAGAAAUAUACUUCUUUACACAGCAAUCUUAUUGAAAAUAUAUUUUAAGAUACUAACAAGAGAUACAACACAAUGAAGAUGUUCCGUGUUAUGUUGGAAAAAAGGAUGAGGAUUAAAUGAUGAAUAGAUAAUUAUGAUAUAA